AGCGUUUGUUGAAGAUGACCUUGGAAGAAAGACGCAAAGAGUACUUAAGGGAUUAUGUUGCACUGAAAAAUAUUCCAACGUGGAUGGAAGACUUAAAAAGUAAGAGCGAAAGUGAUGGUGAAAACACUAAAGAAGAUCUGCAAGGGAAGAAAAGUCUGAGCGAGAAAGUUUCUCUCUAUAGAGGUGACAUUACACUGCUAGAGGUUGAUGCCAUCGUUAAUGCUGCUAAUUCCAGCCUUCUUGGAGGCGGAGGAGUGGAUGGCUGUAUACACAGAGCUGCUGGGCCCUGCUUAGUUGCUGAAUGUCGCAACCUGAGUGGCUGUGAGACUGGACAAGCUAAAAUUACCUGUGGAUAUGACCUACCUGCAAAAUAUGUGAUCCAUACAGUUGGGCCGAUUGCAAGAGGCCAUCUCACUGACACUCAUAAAGAGAACUUGGCAAAUUGCUAUAAAUCCUCUCUGAAACUGGCAAAAGAAAACAACAUCAGAUCAAUUGCAUUUCCCUGUAUUUCAACAGGAAUUUAUGGUUUUCCAAAUGAGCCUGCUGCUGUCAUUGCCCUUAACACUAUUAAGGAAUGGUUAAGCAAGAAUCACAGUGAGGUGGAUCGUAUCAUCUUCUGCGUCUUUUUGGAGGUUGACUAUAAAAUUUUCAAGAAGAAAAUGGGCGAGUUUUUCCCUCUAGAUGAUGCAAAUGAAGAAGGGACUGAGCUGAGUGAAGAGACAGGAUUGGAACAAAAAGGCCAAGCUCCAUCUCCCACAAAGAGCAAAGCAGAGCAGCCUGCGGACCUCCAAGAUGAUGCUGAAGGUGGUAACAGCACAGAGGAGAAGCAAAACGCUGAAGAAACCGAGGCCCAGAGCCAAGAAACAGAUGAGACGAAACCUUCAGCUGUAGACAGCCUAUCAUCAUCAGAAGAAACAGAGCUGAGUGAAGAUAAAGACUCCCUGAAAGACUCCAAAGGCACACAGGAGAAUGACCCAGUGCAUCCUGUGGGAUGUAAGGAAGAUCAAGCCGAAGGACAACAGCAUGUUUCUGCAGAGGAGGAGGAGAUGAAAACUGGGGCAGAUUCCCAAAGCUCUUGCAUGGAAAUAGAAGAGCCAUUGUUGAACCAAGAAGGCACAACAGAAGUUGAGAUACCUUUGAUUCAUGGUGCAGAAGAAGAAGAAGAAGAAGAAGCAGCAGGAAAAGAAGAAGAAGGAGAAAAAGAAGGAGGGAUGCAAGGGAAAGAGGAAACUUCUGUGGAGCCUAUGAAAGUUGACCUCGCAUGUGAAGCAGCAGAUGUUUCAAAUAAGGAUGCUGAAAUGAAUAGUCAAGUUGAAAGUAUAAGUGAUCCUACGGAAACAGAGCGGGAAGCUUAAGUAACAGGAAGGAUGCAGGAGAGGAGAGACCCGAGGAAACCCAAUGGGCAGGCGCUGACAUCUUAGGGCAUCAUUCUUGGCAGAAAAGAGCACGCAGAGAUGCUCCGUGGGUUGGGAGGGAGGGAGCUUUGGGGAAAUGACUCUUUGCUUUAAUUUCUCUUUGUUCUUCAUUGCGUUUCGUUCUGUAAGCCUGUUGGAAAGAAACAUUAACUUCUCAGUUCUAACAAUGUUUUGCAAUUAUCCCUGCAAUUACAACAGUUUCUUCUGAACUGCGAGUGAGUCCCUGUCUUAUAUUGGGUCGCUUUUCCUCCUGCAUCAUACUGCAUCAGUAAUCUAUUUCCAGGCCCACCCCUUUUCUAGCAUCUUUAUCUUUGUUCCCAGUUAUGGUACAGUCUGCAGGCAACCUGUGGGAGCCAGUUUAUCUCCUGCCCCACCCCACCCCCAGCUUUUUUUUUUUUUUUAAGCUGUUCCCUAGGAUAUAAGUGGAGAUUUUCUUUGAGAACAUGAACUGCCACAAAGGAUUAUAAUCCGCACACACUGAUAAACAGCUGCCCUCCUUGUGCUAGGGAUUUUAAAGACUAGAUGCUCCCAAAUCUCAGAAGUAUUGAGAGACAGCCCUGCACGUUCCCAACCUCCAGGCUUGUCUAUCGGCAGCUCCUGUUGGCACCCAUGGUGCCAGAUCCCUGGCUGCUAGAAGAGGCGCUGGCCGGAUUCCCUUGAGUCCAUGCUGGAAGCAGAGUUCUCACAUUAACUCUAUCAUCACAGUGCCUUGGGAUCGCCCAUGGCUCUGCCCUUUGCUUUCCUCUUUAGCAUGGGAAAGCUAAAACAUGACAAGCCUACACUGCGCCCUGUCCUUCUGUGGGUCCUACACAUGAAUGUCACCUGUAGCCUUGAACAGCCGGCACCCCAAAUCAGUCCUGCUCCUUUCCAGUUAGCUCUGUGCACCUCAAAAUCAGUGCCGUAAGUAUGACCUUCGGGUGUGGGUAGGCAACAGAUACUUCCUCAAGCCUGCGAGUGACAGAGGAUAACAGACACUCUGCAUUCAAGGCAUCUUUAAAUAUGGCUCCUGGCUUUAACAACUUCACACCGUAUCUUGUGUGAGCCCUCAUUAUAUUUUCUACUGCAUAUGCAUGAUUUUUUUUUAAUUUUUAAAAAAAAGCAAUUAACAGUUAUUUGGAUAAGAAUGUCUCACCAUAUGUCAAUUGUUCUGCUAGCAAAUGCUGCAAUGAAAUUUUUAGAAAAGGAACAAAAGGGUUUCACAUACAUUUCCCAACCAUGCUGUAACCGAAACUGAUAGACAAUACACUUGAUGGAAGAGCACACAGCCUGUGUCCAGGAUGUAAUGUGCUACAAACUGUAUUUUUAAAAGCUGCUGGUAAUUGAUCAUUUCAAGCAAAGCAAUUGAUUCUGUUCGGGUGUUUUUUUUUUCCCCCAAAUAUGCAUGAAUCCCAAAAUAGUUGUUUACUAGCCGGCCCCCCCAAAAAAAGAGAGGGUAAAAAAAAAAAAAAAGUAAAAAACUAGGUAAAAUAUAUCUUUAUCCUCCUGUGAUCUGGGUUUAUCCCAGCUAGAGUAGGUUUGGUUAUAAAUGGUCUGCUGGUGUAACAGCAAGUCAAAUAUGGCCCUAACACACCUAUAGCACUGGCUACGGCAGUUGGUGGCUGCCAUCAGCUGCAGGUUAAUUUGAAAGGGUGUCAGGACAAACAAGGAUUAGAAAGGAAAACAAGAAAAGUUCCAGAUUUCACCCAGAGAGUACAGUCCCUAGAAAGGCAGCCCCCUGUCUCCCUAUUUGCAGCUCCAGCAUGUUUGCUUGUGGGGGGGUCAGAAGAGUAUUCUGUGUGCUGGCCCUGUGGUGCUUUAACCCAGGUGACACUAGCACCGAAGAUCUCGAGGAGCUGCUUUGUCACCCAUUUGUCCUGGAGAUUGGUGGAUGCAUAACUCUGAACUGGAUUGACUGCAGAAGGAUUAAAUGAGCUGACGUAAGCCUAUGAAUUGGGUUUAUAAUAUUGCUAAAUUUACCUAAAUUUGCUAGAAACCAGUUGGUUUCUCCUCAGAGAACCCUCGACAGGACUCAUUUCCUUUGAGGUGUCCCUGCUGCUUUUCUUUCCCAUCCCUGUGGUCAUGCUUGACAGAACGUGUCUUUUGGGACAUGUUUUUGUGUUGUUUUUUUUUUUUCCCCUGCUGUUCCUUCACCUUGAUUCUAGCCAAUUGCAGUUUUGCAGUGGGAGGCCUUGCGGGUAGUACCUCUACAUGGUGCACAUCCCCUAUGCUUCUGUUCAUUUUCCAUACCAGGUGAUUUUGAUUGAAACAGCCUGUCAUAAUAGGAGUGGAUAAAUACCUUGGGAGGAAGGGGAAUAAAUACAUUGGGUGUCUCUCAGUUCCCCUUUUGUGCGAUCACUGUAAAAAGACCAGGAUUGUAGAGCCCCCUCCAUCUAGGUAAGAGGAAACCAGCCCCACAGGGCCGGGAGCUCGACUUUAAGCUGUGCGAGAUGUCGAGGAGAUCCGAGGUAGCCAGGGCUACCUGUGAGUAGGGGUGAACUGAGCUCUGCAGAGCUGUGAUAACUCCAGUCAGGGGAGUAUCCAGUCCCCUCUGCUCUUGUUUCCAUCAUGCUCACCUAUGGGAAACCUUAACAGAGCUGUAGGCUGUCAUUAGCUCCUUACCUGGUGUCCCUCUCGCUAUUACCCACCUUGGUUUUAGCGAGGGAGCCAAAGGGAGGCUCCUUAAACUCCUCAUUGAGACUGACCGAGAGUUUAAAAAUAAAAAUAAACUGCAAAUUAAACACUCUCUAACCCUGGACAGUAAUUUCAUUGCACUUUUCAUUUAGCCUUGGUCCUCAAACAGCAGCGAGUCUUUGAAACCAUGAACCAUUUGCCCAAGGAUGCAGCAGCAAAGCGUGAAGCCCAGGUAGGAAGAGUAAAGCAAGGAAACAUAGCAGUCGAUUAAGUCCUUACAGGACAAUUUGUAGCCACAUCUGUAUCUAUCUAUCUUCAGGUGUGUUUUGAUUUGAGUUGUUGGGUUUUUUCACUAGUCAUAGAGUAUAGUUUGGCAGCAUGAGUUCUUCAGAUGAGUUAGUAGUCAAGGCUGGACCCAUGCUCCUCAGUGCAGUCUGCCAUUCCAGAAAUGCAGGGAGCUGGUUUUGUAAAAGAGCAAGCAUCAGAGCAAGAAUCACCCCACAGGGAUUUAUGUCAAGGAUUUUGGUUUAAACCCGAAAUGUGUUUGCAGUAGGUGGCGUAAAGGGAAUAGCAGCUCUUUGAUGCUGAUGCUUGCAUACAAAGUAACAGGCUCUGCUUGGUCGUUGUUCCUCUCAUGUCUGAAACACUCAUCCCUACUAUUAGGCACGAUACUCCUCGGGCUGGUGACUGCUCCAAUGACAAAUGGGUUUCCUUCCAUGCAGACAUCCAAAGGGGAUGUUCGAGACACAAUCUGUAAUAAUGGGUCACACAUUCGCUGCAGCUAAUUGUCAAUCUUUCUAUAAAGCACUGAGAAAGCCUCUCUGUGAAUUAACACUGUUCUGCUUUAGGCACUUAAAUAAAAAUAUUUUAAAAAAA